AUGGGCGAUAUGAAAGAGUUCAAAUCUUCCUCAGAGCUUGAGCGCCAUGCUACAAACGAUGAAGGGCAAGUGCGGGAUGUAUCCCACCGCCUCGUUGGCCUCAAUGUACAAUCCGAGCAUGCCCGGGCCAUGUCUGGAUAUGAGACGAUUUCUGCCGGCUGGGUGAUUUGCAACAGUUGGGUUGGCAUAGCAGCAACCUUUGCGCUUGCCAUCGCCCAAGGUGGUCCAGUGAGCCUGAUCUACGGGCCUAUCAUCAUGUUCCUGCUCGUCGGGGCAUGUGCAUUGACUCUAGCGGAGCUCGCGAGCGUAUAUCCCACGGCUGGCGGGCAGUACCACUGGACUAGCAUCCUGUCGCCAAAAAGUUCGAGUCGAGGAUUGAGCUAUUGCUGCGGCGCGACCAAUGUCUUCGCCUGGAUCGCGAUAUGUGCGGGCAUCGCUAUCAUAAUUCCGCAACAGAUCAUGGGGAUGGCAGUGUUUUACAAUCCCAGCUACGUGCCACAGACAUGGCACGCUUUCAUUCUGUACCAGGGGGGAAAUCUUAUGGUCCUUGUGUACAACGUAUACCUCCUGAAGCGCUCGAUGUGGAUUCACGAUGUUGGCUUUAUCAUCUCGAUAAGUUGCUUUGUCACCCUUGUGAUAACUAGUCUCGCUCGUACGGCACCGAACUUCCAGCCAGCUAAGGUGGUCUGGACCACGUUCCUGAACCAGAGCGGCUGGGUCGACUCCGUCGCCUUCCUCACAGGUCUGGUCAACUCGAACUACAUGUAUGCUGGUAUCGAUGGUGUCAUACAUCUUGCAGAAGAAUGCAAAAAUGCGGCGAUGGUUGUACCGCGUGCGUUGAUGAGUACGAUCGCCAUCGGGUUUGUCACUUCGUUCGUCUUCGCAAUUGUCAUGGUAUACUGCACGAAUGAUUUUGAUGCUGCAGUAUCAACCCCAACCAGUGUUCCGAUAUACGAAAUCUGGCGGCAAGCGACACGCUCAGAUGCCGCGGCGACUGUAUAUCUCGUAUUUCUGCUGUUGAUGGCUUUCUUCGCGCUCAAUGGUGCUCAACAAACAGCUUCACGAUUGUCAUGGUCGUUCGCCCGCGAUAAUGCCAUCUUCGGCAGCCGUUGGCUCAGCAAAAUCAGUCCGACGCAGGAUGUGCCUAUCGCUGCCCUGGUCUUCAACUUUGCCAUCAUGUUUGUGAUCGGAUGCAUAUAUCUCGGAUCAUCAUCCGCGUUCAAUGCAUUCAUUGGGACCGGACUAAUAUUGCAGCAUCUCACUUAUGCCAUGCCCGCAGCAUUGCUGAUGUAUCGGGGGCGGUCAUCUGCAUGGUUGCCACAGACUCGUUCCUUCAAGCUACCUUCAUGGUUGGGAUGGACGGCGAACGUUACCACAGUUGGCUUCGCCAUCUUCGUCCUCGUCAUAUACUGCUUCCCAGUUGCGAUGCCGGUGUCAGGAAGUAAUAUGAAUUAUGCAAGUGCUGUCAUUGCCGUUAUGGCAUUGUUUGCGACCCUGAAUUGGUUCUUCUAUGCCCGGAAGAAUUACCAGGGACCCAGGCUGGAAUUUUCCGAUUAAAGAAGGUCGUCGAUGCAACCAGACCUAGAUGGAUGCAUCCAGUCAAAAAAAGCGAUGCACACUCACAUGACCAGCACUUUUGAAUAUUCCGGGAGAUAUUGAGUCCACCUUCUCUCUCCUUUGCUUUCCCAGAAACGCCGCAAGCUUUGCACGGCCAAGGGGAUGUUGCGAAACUUUGUGCGGGCAUAUAUGCUCUCCAUAUAGUUGACGAAGAAAGCCCUUUGAUCUGGGUCGGACGUCUCUGCGCCGGCUACAAAACAGGGCCAUACUAGUGCAUGAGCUCCGUCGGUAUGAGGUGGCAUAAGAGAGAGGCGUUGGGCGACUUCUUGUAUCGUCAAAGCUUGAAGCCUGGAAUACUGUGAUCGAGAAUCCACUGAAGAAUUGAUAUUCUCGCUUGU